GGAAAGAACCUGCUUUGUCAUUGGGCCAUUGGGAGGGGCAGCAACUUGCAGUGACGUGAAUCCGACUUCCCUCCCAGCUUAACAGCCCUGGGUGUCACCAACACGGCAUGGAGCUCGGUGCCAUGGGGCCAGUGUGUGGGGUUCCUUGGCUACGACCCAGUCUCCGGGGAUAAGUUUCCUUCACGCGUGUCUGGACCUGGAGCCCAACACAUUCCGUGAUGGCGACUGCUGGGAUCAGAGACAAGCUGAGCUGCUCCAUCUGCCGAGACAUUUAUACCGAUCCCGUUACCCUGCCCUGUGGCCAUACCUUCUGCCGGGGCUGCAUUGGGAGAACAUGGGACUGGCAGAAGAGCAUAGGGGAAGAUCCAUCAUGUCCUGAAUGCAGAGAGAGAUACAGGAGACAACCUGAACUGAAAAGGAACCUGAGGCUGAGUAACAUAGCGGAGCGAUUCCUUUCUACUCCCCCAGAGCAUGAUGGGACGGGGAUCUACUGCACUUACUGUAUUCACUUUCCUGUACUUGCUGCUAAAUCCUGUCUCCUGUGUGAGGCUUCUCUAUGUGAUGGCCACGUGAGGGUCCACAGCAAGUCAGCAGAACAUGUACUCACUGAGCCCACCGCCAACCUGGGGAACAGAAAAUGUUCUGCCCACAAUGAGCCCCUAAAGUAUCACUGCUGUGAGGAUGGGGCCCCUGUCUGUGCCUCCUGCUGCCUGGCCGGGGGGCACCGGGGUCACAGGGUGGAGCUGCUGAGUGAGGCCUCUGAGAAGAAGAAAGAGAAACCCAUGGCGGCUGCCAAUCUGAGAGACGAGCUGAGCUGCUCCAUUUGUAAGGACAUUUAUACCGAUCCCGUAACCCUGCCCUGUGGGCACAACUUCUGCUGGGGCUGCAUUGAGAGAACAUGGGACUGGCAGGAGGGGAUAGAGGAAGAUCCAUCAUGUCCUGAAUGCAGAGAGAGAUACAGGAGGCGGCCAGAACUGAAAAAAGACCUAACACUUGGUACCCUCGUAGAACAGUUCUUUCCUUCUAACCAAGGGCAGGAUGGGAUGGGGAUCUUCUGCACUUAUUGUAUUAACUCUUCUGUACCCGCUGCUCAAUCCUGUCUCCUGUGUGAGGCUUCUCUAUGUAAUGACCACGUGAGGGUCCACAGCAAGUCAGCAGAACAUGUACUCACUGAGCCCACCACCAACCUGGGGAACAGAAAAUGUUCUGCCCACAAUGAGCCCCUAAAGUAUCACUGCUGUGAGGAUGGGGCCUGUAUCUGUGUGUCCUGCUGCCUGGCCGGGGGGCACCGGGGCCACAGGGUGGAGCUGCUGAGUGAGGCCUCUGAGAAGAAGAAAGAGAAACUGAGAAAUCUUGUAAAGAAAUGGACUUCAGAAAUAGCGGAUAUUGAGAAUAUGCAGAAAAGAGCAGCUAAUCACACAGACCAAGCGGCCGCCCUGUUUGGGGACAUCAGGGAAUGGCUAGAAGCCCUAAAGAAGCGAGUCCUGAGCGAGAUCUCCAGGCACGAAGAACAAUUUUCACUAAGAAUUUCUGAAUUCAUCCAACAGCUGGAAAAAAAGAAAAGUCAUCUGUCAAGGGAGAUCCAUCACACCGAGAAGCUGUUACAUACAGAUGAUCCAUUAAUGAUAGUACGGGGGGAAUCCGAUAGGGCGGAGCUAUCAGAUAGUGAGGAGGACGAUGAUGAGGAGGAUGUUGAGGGGGGAAAUUAUAAGUUUAUUUAUGAAAAUGUUCUUGAUAUAGAUUAUAUCUCUGAGAUAUUUCUAACAGGUUUGAAUGGGUUUGUGAAUGGGGCAAAGAGAUGGGGCAUAAAUGGGGAGGAGGCUACAGACAUGUUGGGGGAUAUUAUGGCUCGGAAUGAGGCAGAAUUAGAAUUUAGCGCUGGGGCCCCCAGUCCCGUCUAUCAAAUCCCAGAGACAAAUAGAGACUCACAACCUGCUGCUCAGCAAAACCAGCAACUAAAACAUAAACUUAUGCAACGUUUCCCGCGCAGAAACAUUGACCCCUAUUAUGGGAAGGAGGCCGUAGGUAUGUCGGUGGAUAUAAACACUGCUAGUAAUCAGGUCUCUGUAUUGGAAGAGGGCAAACUGGUCACCUACUCGGCAACCAGGCUCCGUCGCCCCCAAACCCCACAGAGAUUCCAGGAUUUCCAGGCUUUAAGCACCAGGAGUUUCCCCUCGGGGCGACAUUACUGGGACAUGGAGGGCGGGGAAAACGGAGGCUGGAGGGUAGGAGUGGCCUAUCCCAGUAUAGAGAGGGGCGGGGCACAGUCCUACACUGGAAAUAAUGACAAGUCCUGGGCCUUGUGGAGGUGGGAUAAUAACUAUACUGUGAUACAUAAUAAAGAAGAAACCAAAUUACGCUGUCAACCUGAACAUAGAAAAAUAAGGAUCUUCUUUGACUAUGAGGCCGGACGCCUGUCCUUCUAUGAGCUGAUUCGUCCAAUCAGGCACUUACACACCUUCACCGUCACCUUCACUGAGCCCCUUCAUGCUGCAUUCUGUGUCUGGGGGGAUAACGCCUGGGUGAGGAUCAUUAGUUAGGGCCCUGCCCCCUACACUAAAGGGGACGUAUUCUCAACUCUGUCAGCUCUGCUGCCAACAAAGCCAGGAGCCUCUCUAUUUUACUGUACGGAUUGUUUUUUUUAUAAUAAAUCAGGAUGUAACUUUCA